AUGUAUAGACAACUAUACAUGGGGAGCAGCACGGGCGAUCUGGUGACACGUGUCCAAUCGGCUCAUCGGUUCGAUCACGAUGCCUUGUUCCGUUACGCCGCAGACAACGUCUCCGGUUUUCCGACCAACCCAUCCCAAUUCACUGUCUCUCAGGUAUUCAUUCAUUCCUCCAGUCGCCGGCGUCCUGAGUUCGGACAUGGGCAGUCGAAUCCGACGUUUCUGAUCCAGGUUGGCUCAGGGAGUGCCUUGAAACGAUACGUUUUGAGGAAGAAGCCUCCUGGGAAGCUCCUUGAAUCUGCUCAUGCUGUUGAUAGGGAGUUUCAGGUGCUUCGGGCUUUGGGUGAGCAUACACAGGUCCCUGUUCCUAAAGUCUUCUGCUUAUGCAAUGACCCCACCGUGAUUGGGACUGCCUUUUACAUUAUGGAGUUUAUGGAAGGACGUAUAUUCAUAGACCCCAAGUUGCCGAAUGUAGCGCCCGAAAGAAGGAGUGCGAUCUAUCGUGCAACCGCAAAAGCCUUAGCUUCUCUUCAUUCUGCUGAUGUGGAUGCUAUUGGUCUUGAGAAAUAUGGCCGGCGCGCCAAUUACUGCAAAAGACAGAUAGACAGGUGGUUCAAACAAUAUCUGGCUUCAACAAGUGAAGGUAAGCCUGAAAGGAAUCCAAAGAUGUUUGAGCUUGUUGAUUGGUUGCGGAAAAGCAUACCCGCGGAAGAUUCAACAGGAGCGACAUCAGGCCUUGUCCACGGAGACUUCCGCAUUGACAAUCUCGUGUUUCAUCCUUCCGAGGAUCGAGUUAUUGGGAUAAUUGACUGGGAACUGUCCACGCUUGGGAACCAAAUGUGUGAUGUCGCAUACAGCUGUAUGCAUUACAUUGUGAAUGUUCAGCUCGAUCAGGAGCAUGUGAGUGAAGGUCUUGAAACUGCUGGACUCCCUGAAGGGAUACUUUCGAUGCCAGAAUUUCUCUUAGAAUACUGUUCUGCGUCGGGGAAACCAUGGCCUGCUGCAAACUGGAAGUUCUACGUAGCGUUCUCCAUGUUUCGGGCUGCUUCAAUAUACACGGGGGUGUACAACAGAUGGUUAAUGGUAUUGGCCGGGAAAUUUUGCAGAGCCAUUCACGUUGUAUUGGUCAUGCAGGGGAAUGCGUCUGCCGGUGAACGUGCCCGGAAUACAGGGGCUCAAGCCAUUGAGCUUGUAGAGGCUGCCUUGGGUUAUAUUGCACGCGAAGAUGCUCUCCCUGAGAACCCUCCAUCAGGUAAAAGAGAUGCGAGCCCGUCCUAUGACAGCCUUGUGGAUGGAAGCGGGAGGUUCGUCCCAAACAGAAAAGUAUUGGAGUUAAGGCAGAAGUUGAUCAAGUUUAUGGAAACUCAAAUCUACCCGAUGGAAAGCGAGUUCUCCAAACUAGCUCAAUCGGAUAUGCGAUGGACCGUUCACCCGGAGGAGGAAAGGUUAAAGGAGUUGGCAAAGAGAGAAGGCCUAUGGAACUUAUUUGUUCCUGUAGACAGUGCUGCUAGAGCUAAAAGAGAACUAGCAGCUGUUGACAAUAAACAUGAUCAAUUGUUUGGCGAGGGCUUGACGAACCUGGAGUAUGGCUACCUUUGUGAGAUCAUGGGUCGUUCCGUUUGGGCUCCACAGGUGUUUAACUGUGGUGCACCUGAUACUGGAAACAUGGAGGUGAUACUGCGGUAUGGAAACAGAGAACAAAUUUCUGAAUGGCUUAUUCCGUUGCUUGAAGGAAAAAUCCGUUCUGGUUUUGCUAUGACUGAGCCACAAGUCGCAUCCUCUGACGCAACCAAUAUUGAGUGCUCUAUUAGAAGACAAGGUGAUUCAUACGUCAUUAACGGCACAAAAUGGUGGACAAGUGGAGCCAUGGAUCCCAGGUGCAGAGUUCUUAUCCUCAUGGGGAAAACUGAUUUCAACGCCCCUAAGCAUAAGCAACAGUCUAUGAUAUUAGUGGACAUGCGGACUCCAGGUAUACAAGUGAAGAGGCCUCUCACGGUGUUUGGUUUUGAUGACGCGCCUCAUGGACAUGCUGAAAUUUCUUUUGAAAACGUGAUUGUCCCGGCGAAGAAUAUUCUCCUAGGAGAAGGCCGAGGAUUCGAGAUUGCUCAGGGUAGGUUAGGCCCUGGAAGAUUGCACCACUGCAUGAGACUAAUAGGUGCAGCGGAGCGUGGAAUGGAGCUAAUGGUUCAAAGAGCUCUUAGUAGGAAAACUUUUGGGAAGUUCAUAGCGCAGCACGGUUCUUUUGUCUCUGAUCUUGCAAAGUUACGGGUGGAGCUUGAAGGAACCCGAUUGCUAGUUUUAGAAGCUGCUGAUCAUCUCGAUAAGUUUGGAAACAAAAAAGCUCGAGGAAUUCUUGCAAUGGCCAAGGUUGCAGCUCCAAACAUGGCGUUGAAGGUACUGGACACGGCAAUGCAAGUCCAUGGAGCAGCAGGUGUAUCCUCGGACACAGUCUUAGCGCAUCUGUGGGCCACGGCUAGAACUCUCAGGAUCGCUGAUGGACCUGACGAGGUUCAUCUUGGGACCAUUGGCAAGUUAGAAUUACAGAGAGCUUCUAAGCUUUAA